AGCUGGAUCAAAGCCUUACCUGCAAGGAGGGCAUUAAUCAUCCCUAAGGAACACUGAUGCUAUUUGGCUGAGAAAAGCUGUCUGAAGGAUAUCAAGAUAGGAAUAACCCCUUGCCAUCAUUUCAGUGUGAUUAAUAUCUGAAAAAAAUUUGCUUAAUCAUUAAGCCAAAUGAAUUUACAAUGUUGCUUUUGGAAAAAUAGGACAGUCUCCUGUCUCAGCACUCAGAGCAGUGUACUGGCAUUGGCACUGGACAAGAAUUUGUUUGUUUGGCUUAUCACUUAAAGAGUGUGUGCUUGGAGCUCUGGGUACAGAGAGGUUGCUGAAUGAGCCACCAGGCGGUGAGAGAGCUCCGUGUUACUGCUCUUCGUUCACACAGCACCUCAAAUCUUUGUGGCGCUGCUCCUGGAAGGUGCUGAACAUCACUGCUCUGUACAGAGGACAGUCUGCAGCCACCUAUCCUUCUGAAGCAUCUCCUGCCUGGGUGUCUGGAUCCCUGCAGCUCCUGGUCAUUAGGACAACAGUGGCUGCAUGUGGUCAGGGCUGGGCUUGAGAGCUGCCACAUGAAGAGUUGUGCUCCUUCUCCAAGGAUCUCACUCAACUGGACAGGUGACUGUGGCUUGAUUGCCUGCUUCCAUCAAUGGUCAUUUGCACGUAACUGAGACAAAAAGGGAAAUACACCAGCUCCACAGCAGACAUCCUCUGUAAAAUCAAACAGCCCUUUUGUGCUUCUGACAUUAAAAGUGCUUUGCAGCUUCACUCUCCUGCAAAUUCAGCAUUUGGUCUCUUUCAAUACCAGUGUUUCCAGUGUCAAGAGAUGUCAGAAACUGAACACUGGGAAAUAUAUCUACUGUCAGAGGCCUUCUGAAAGCUUCACUUCAGAAAGUGAGGUAGCAUCCAUUUCGGCCCUGUGCUGCUCUGGAAGGCAGUAAUGUCCUCCUCAUCAUCCUCAUUGCUGGAAAUGGAGAUCUUCCAGUAUAUUGAUGCACAUCAAAGUGACUUUAUCAAGGAUCUGAAGGAAUGGGUGGCUGUGGAAAGCGAUUCUGUUCAGCCACAUCUGCGAAAAGAAGUAAUGCGAAUGAUGGCACUGGCAGCAGACAGACUUGCAGCACUGGGAGCCACUGUUAAUUUAGUAAACUUGGGGUCACAUCAGCUGCCUGAUGGCCAAGUCCUCCCACUGCCUUCUGUGAUUCUUGGGGAGAUGGGGAAGGAUCCACAAAACCCCACUGUGUGUUUCUAUGGUCAUGUGGAUGUGCAGCCUGCCAAGAAGGAAGAUGGAUGGAACACUGACCCCUACACACUGACUGAAAUAGAUGGAAACCUCUAUGGGCGUGGAGCAACAGACAAUAAGGGACCUGUCCUAGCUUGGAUAAAUGCAGUGGAAACAUUUAGAGCCUUGAAAUUAGCUACGCCAGUGAACUUCAAGUUUGUAAUUGAAGGCAUGGAAGAAGCAGGAUCCUUGGGGCUAGAGAAGCUACUUGAGGAAGAAAACCAGAGGUUCUUCUCUGAUGUUGAUUAUAUUGUAAUUUCAGACAACCUGUGGCUCAGCAACAAAAAGCCUGCCCUUACCUAUGGGAGUCGGGGAAAUGCCUGCUUCUUUGUGGAGGUUGAAUGUGGAAGCAAGGACCUUCACUCUGGAACUUUUGGAGGCAUCAUUCACGAGCCGCUGCUGGACCUGAUAGCUCUGCUGGACAGCCUUGUGGAUUCCACAGGUCAUAUUCAGAUCCCUGGAAUCUACGACAGUGUUGCUGCCCUGACAGAGGAAGAAAGGAAAUUAUAUGAAUCAAUUGAAUUUGAUCUAGAGGAACAUAGAAAAAACUGUGGUGUGAAAAAAUUCCUUUAUGACACCAAGGAAGAAAUACUUCUACACCUGUGGCGUUACCCCUCUCUCUCUAUUCAUGGGAUUGAAGGAGCUUUCCAUGAACAAGGCAUUAAAACAGUCAUUCCAGCAAAAGUAAUUGGCAAAUUCUCAAUCCGUCAGGUCCCCCACAUGGACCUUUCAGUUGUGAAAAAACAGGUGGUGGAACACUUGGAAGGUGUCUUUUCCAAGAGGAACAGUCCAAACAAACUGAAAGUGUCCAUGCCUUUGGGUGCAAAGCCCUGGCUUGCAGAUGUUAAUAAUCUACUAUAUAAAGCAGCAAGACGGGCAAUAAAAACAGUUUUUGGAGAAGAUCCAGAUUUCAUUCGUGAUGGCUCAACGAUUCCUGUUGCCAGAAUGUUUCAGACUGUAACACAGAAAAGUGUGAUGAUGCUUCCCAUUGGAGCAGCUGAUGAUGGGGAGCAUUCCCAGAAUGAGAAAAUAAGCAGACACAACUAUAUUGAAGGAACCAAAUUGUUUGCAGCUUUUUUCCUGGAGAUAUCAAAGCUACAUCGGAACUUACAUGAAACUUCCCACACAGAGGUUAUCAACCGACAGAUCAUAUAAAAAAAAUCAGCAAAGCUCUUCCUUAAACUUUCUAACUUAUAUAAAACAUAUAAAUCACAUAUUCAGUGGCUGUGAAUUGGUGGAGAAAAAAAAAUAAAUGAAAUGCUAUUUCUUGGCAUACUACUAAAUGGCAUGCAUUUGUGAUAUGGUUCAUCAAGUGAUCUUAUCCUCUAAUGCUGUAAAAUAGGGUUAGGGAUAAUUCAUUCUUACUGAAUGGAAUAUGUUACAUUUUAGUUUUAAACUUCAGGACAAAGGGAAUUUAUACAUCUAUUUUAUCAACAUGAUUUUAUUUCUGUUUUGUCGUAUCACUCUUCAUGCUGCCUAGCUCACAUUCCAGUUUCAGAAUAUGAGCAAUAUGCACUGUAGUUUCCUCCUAACUAGAUACAAAAUUAUACUUAUGUAAUUCUUUGAAGAAAGAUCUACUCUCAAAUUAAUCUCUUUCCUUGUCAUUCAAAGAAGGUUUUAAAUAGGAAGUGCAAUUAAAUGUUCUUCUUGAGUUUGAUGGGAAGGCUUGCCUAAUAAUAUCUAUUUAUGGAUAUAAUCACUGAGGUAAGUAGAACUGCAACAAUAAAUAAACAAUUCCAGGUCUAGAUUCUGUCUUCCCUCUCAUCCAAAUCACCUCUUACUGUGCUGUGAGCAGUUUUAAGAAUCAAUAAUGUUUUCUUCAUGUGACAUUCUUUCCAUACAAUAGAAAGAAAAUUUUAUAAACACCUGUUCUGGCCAAAGUCUGUCAUCAGAAGGGUGUUUUUCCACCCAAUUAGCAACUGGUUGUUAAUUACCUUUUGUCAGGAUGUGACACUGGUGGCUGAGUUCUUUUCCCCUUGGACUGAGAUUGAUGAGAGAGAGGCAGUUUUCUCUUGUUUGGACUUGGCUGUUAAUUCUUCUUUUAUCUAUAUUACAUAUAUGCAGAGUACAAGGAUCUAUAUACACUAAGAUGGAGAGGUGCAGAAUGGCUAACAAAGAACUUCUUCAAGGUCUUUUAUAUGUCUAUUUAUCCAAUUAACAAAUGCCAAGUAAAUUAUUUUUCUUAGUGACCCGUUGACCCGAUACCUGUGUGUUGCAUUGUGGCACUUUUUAUCCAAUCACUUAUUACUACCCAAAAACCCUUAGAAGAAGAUGAAGAGGCAAGAAGAGACAAUACCCUAAAUCCUCCAUCUUGUCUUUUGUUUUUUAAAAGAGCUUAAACCUUAAACUCUAACUUUUUCACCUAGUGACUUAACUCUCUAACUUACACACUCACACUCUCAGUUUUUCUAUUUAACAGUUGUUUCCAUGGUGUUAUGUGAAAUUCAAUGCUUGCUUGGAUGUCAGAGCCAGGUGUCAUAGAUAAGGGCACAUACUCUGUGCCUCUGACUCCAACAUCUUUAAAGCAUUGGUUUACAUUAAUAAUUAAGUCAAAGGCAAGUGAUAUAUUUUGAAAUAAAAACAAAUUAGUUGAGAGCUCUCUUUGCUGUUUAGGCAAAGCACCCAGCACAAAGCUCACAAUUCAAAUCUAGAUUGUUUGAACAUUAGAAUGUGAUUUUUACUCUAACAUAAUUAAUUCACACACAACCAAACCAACUGAACCAGUAGCAUUAUCCCUAAUGUUACAAAAAAUGAUAUUAAGUAAAUUACAGGAAGUACUUGGGAUCUUUCCUUUCUCUCCUGUUACCUCCCUGCAAAAAUCUGCAAGAACAAAGUUGUGGAUGCAGAGUCAACAGAAGGGAAUACUCAUACAUUCUCAAUAAACACCCAUUUUCAGCCCUACCUGAGACAGUGAGGCUCACAGUUCAGCUGCAAGAGCUGAGUAAGGAUUCUGGCUCUGACUGCUGAUGGUGUUCAAAGGAAAAGGAGGACUCAGCUCAGUCUCCUACUUGGCACUGCUGCCUGCAGAACUGCAGUGUAGUCCAGGACAAGGACCAAAAGCCUCAAAGACCAGAAUCUGGUUUGGGUAUCAUCAAUUUGCAGAAUAAUUCUCUGUGAUUUCCCAGUUCCCUUCACCUGUUGAAAGCAUUUAGGAAUCAGCACAGUAAUGAAUGUUGUGGGGUUGAGUACUCCAGUGUCUGCUCAGGACUCAGGGCAGACUGGUCCAGACUUAAAAGCUAUCACACCAUAGAGGUACAUGCAGGAAUUUUACUGAAAUAUGUCAAAAUGUAUAAUUGAGAUAAAACAUUGCAGUCUCUGGAUUUGCAGUGGUUUUACGAGUUACAGAAUUGCACAGGCUCACAGAAUAUGCCAAGUUAGAAGAGACCCAGAAGGAUCAUUGAGACAUAGUUUUAGUCCUAUACAGAACCAUCCCCAAAUUAAAUUAAAACAUAAUGGAAAGAAACCUCUGCUCAAAAAUAUGACCCUUUUGGCAGAAGAGCUGAAAACUUGGUGAGAUGGAGGUGGCAGAUUUCUCCAUGAAAGAGGGAUGGAGACUGUAUUUUAGGAAUAUGACUGCUCUGAAAUACCACUAUAAUAUAUGUUGUCUAUGUGUUCUACAACAUUAUGAAGCUGGAAUGGAAGACAGGCUUAUGUAUUUUUACUGUUGUUCUUUGGAAUGACAAAUAAAAGAGAGUCAAAAAAGAGCAUAAUUUUAUAAGCACAGACAGUCUUAGAGCAGUGCAUUGAAAUAAGGUUCUGCUCUGAAAUAGCCACUUAAUCUCAAGUUAAAACUAUGUGAGUGAAACAGUGGGGCCACUGAAUUAUGCAGACCAUCUCCAUGUCUCCUUCAGUCCCAGAGAAGAGAAAGAGCAUAAAACUUCAAUUUCAAAUUCUCCUGUCCAUGAAAGAAAGCAAGCAUUGGGAAAGCAACUCCAACCCACAGGGUAUUGAGAGAUACUCUUCCCUUCUUAGAUCAAGAAUGAUCCACUCUGUCUUUCAUUUUUGGAGCCUUGUGAAAAAAAGAAACUGUGUGUAUUUUUCGAAGAUCUGUAGUGUUAUACAACGUUUCUAGAAAUGUUUCUUCUUGGUUGCACUAACAGCUAUUCGUUGCCACAGUAAAUUAAUGAGAACUCCACAAUACUAGCCUUAGAAAUAGGAUUAAAGUUUACUUCUAUUUGUUAGCCUUAUUCUAGAUGUGACAUAUGCCAUGGCAGAGCAUAUUGGAUAUUCUCAAAUCAUGGCCAACUACAGAAAUCAUAUGUACAAUUUGUGUGUCUAAAUAUUCAUGUAUGUAGCUGUAUAUACAUGUACACUUGCAAGAUCUAAUCCACCCAUUGAUUUAAAAAAGUAAAUAUUCUUGUCCAUUCUGAUUCAGGUUUUUUUUUUACUAAUGACUGAAUAAUGGGAAAACAACAUUGUGCGCAUGUCCAGAAGACCUGGAUCAUGAAGGGAUUUAGGUUGGAAGGCACCUUAAAAAUCACAGCAUCAUAGAAUUGUUUGGGCUGGAAGAGACCUUUGGAAACCAUCCAGUCCAAGCCCAUUGCAAUGAGCAGGAUGAAGCAGACCAGGCUGCUCAGAGCACUAUCCAAGCUAACCUUGAAUGUGUCCAGGGAUGGUGCAUCCAACCACCUCUCUGGGCAACCCAUGCCAGUGUUUCACAGCCCCCAGAGCACACAUAACAGUACAGGUGCCCAUACAUAGCCGGUCAAGUUCUGCCUGUCUCCCUGGGAGAGGAAGGCUUGUCCCGAGUUUUCCUUUUUCUUGUAGGCUGUACAUCUCUGUUGUAGGGAAUCAAACACUCAAGAAUGGGAUCAUAUUUUUCUACUGAUUAUUAAUGUGAAAGAAUAAAUUAGAAGAUUUCAAUUUCCAUUUUAGAUUAGUGGGUCUAAGUGUGAAAGUUGCUUUUUUACAUUAGAUAAACACAGUUUUUAAUCCUUAAGUGAUGUUUCAAAAGAGAAGGAUGAAAAGUGUGUCAGCUAAAAUCAUGGAGAAUAAGAUGCUGACAACAGGAGCUGAAGGCAUAGAGACAUGAGCAGCCUCCUGAGACUGGGAACUAAUCAGGUCAUUGUCUACUUAGCCUGUGAAAGUGGAAAUUAACCUUACUCACAUAGUUAUGGCUUUCCUUUUCAGUCACACUACUCCCAAGUAGUUUAACUUUGACUCCUGCUAGUUAUUCCUUUCAGAAUACAGCAUUUGGCUUGUCUCACAAAAUGUUAUAAAAUACCUUCCUAGUUAAGGAUGUUCAUAGUCCAUGUUUGGACAGGGAAGAUUGUGCAACUGUGCCUUUACCUGUGACACAGAGGUGCAUGCCACAGUGGCUGGUGCCAGUGAGGACCCAUGAGUUCCCUUGUUUCUGCUGUAACAUUCCAUCUGCAAGUAACAUGUAAAGUUAAAUACUUCUUGUUCCAAGGUGAAGCUUAACUGAUUUUCAAGUUUAUACCUUGUAUCAUAGAAUAUCUAGAAUUGGAAGGGACCCAUAAGGACCAUUGGGUUCAACUCCACAUAUGGCUGUAUUUGAAGCUGCAGACACAUCAUGCACUUUAGGAAGGUGUGUCAUUAAAUAUUUUUAACAAAUAUAUGAAUACAAAAAUAUGAGAAGUUCCUUUUUAACAGAGUGCAUAUUUGUCUACUUUACUGCCAAAUAUUUCAGUGAGCUUCUCACUUGCAUUCUUCAGAACAGUGUAUGAAGAAUACUGCCGCGUUGCAGAUAAUUUUGACAAAUAUGUAGCAAAGGUUUUUCUGCAAUGCUGCUACAUUAGAUUACGUGUAGACCAGUAGAUUACAAGUAGACCAGGAAAUUCAAAAUUAGCUGGUAACAACACAAGCAUAGUGGUAUGCAAUCUUGAAACCUCUUUUCAUAUUUUUUUUUCAGCUAUGAACUUGAAUCAGUGUGAGUCUUCUUCCUGAAGUCACUUAGAAGUCAUUUUGACAUUUCCAGAACUUUCUUAGGAGAAUGAGUUGUUUGGAUGGAGGACAAUGGAGACAGUUCCUAGUUAAUUUAUCUGCUCUCACAGAGGCUGAAAAAUUGCAAAUACUAUCUGAAAAUGUGCUUAUAUUUUGUUAUGCAAUUUCACUCAGAUUCUUUGAGUGAAAUAUGCCACAUUCACUUACUUAUCAAUGCAGAAACAACAGCUGUGCGUUUUUGUGGAACCAAAGUACAAACACACUUUCACAGGUGUGAAAUUUGGAUUCUUUUUGCUAAGAAAUUUUACUCCCAGGAGGGGAAAAAAAGCCCAACCAAACCUUGCUUAAGCUCUGAAGUCCACUCUCCAUAAGGUGCAUCCCAACAGCAAAGAAAAAUGGUCACAUUCCUUACUUGAUGAGCAUUUGAGAAUUUCAGUGUGUAACCAGAAAAUUCUUCCUUUAGAGCUAACAGUAAAAACACAUUCUUAUUUCAUUGGAUGUAGUUCUAACAGGACUAGGAUGCAUGUGCCGGGUGGAUAAUAUGUUGACUUAGUGAAGAUUAAAAAUAAGGACUAAAUCUCUAUUUCAUGUAGCAUACUUUUUUGCAUAUUAUUUUCUGAUCUGCCACCACAUUACAUCUUAAUGUAUUGAUGCACAAUGUACCAGACUUGAUGUUUGUAUUUGAGAUAUAUGUCUAUUUGAGAAACUUGCUUUGUGAAUUUGCAAGAGAUUAAUUACAUAGUCUCAGAGCUGUAAAUUCUGGCAAGCUGGACAUCUUCAUACAUAACAGACAAUAGAGGGUAAUAAAUGGCUCUCAUUUUACUGCAAUGAAUUAUUAUUAAAAUUAAAUGAAUUUUUAUUAAAAAAACCCAGUAUAAGAAAACUAAAUCCUUGGAGGUUUGGCAGAGUCGGCCUCCAGACAGACUUAAACAUAUCUGUAGUUAAAUGAAACCAGAUGUUGUGGAAGUAUGUGUGGAUAAUGCUGAUUUUGCUACCUGUCUUAAGAUCAUUUUGAUGAUCUCUCACUGUGAAAUGACAUGACUUGUCAGCCAAUUGCAUGUUCCCCAUCUUUCCAAUGCAGGUAUAAUUUUUUUUCUUUCCAAUGUAGUUACAAUUUUUUUCUUUCUUUUUUCUUUUCUUUUUUUUUUUUUUUUUUGUUUUGUUUUGUUUCUUUUUAUAUCUGUAAGAAUAAUUCAAAUAUCAUGCUAGUCUUUUUAUUUGUGGAAUUGAAAGGGAGCUUAGAAUUGAAACCUGUAAACAUUUCUGUAACAGAAACCUGAAAAUAUUCAACAUGAUACGCUCCUGACACAUAUUCUGGUAUAAAGAAACAAGUGGUGGCAGAGCCCUCAUAUGAAUUUCAUGUAAGUUUGCAUCACUCUUUUUUUACAAUUAGAACUGCAAGAAUUAGCACUGUUUUACUUGUCUCUUGUGCUUUAUUGUCUUCCUGACAAGACUUCAAAUUCCAGACAGGGUUAACAUCCUCAAUUUGGCAACAACCCUGACAUUCCAGUGACAAUUUCAAAAGGUAAAGUUUCAUUUCAUCACAGUGGAAGGAUCAGUAAGAUCCUGGAAGUACAUCCUUUCUAAAGCUACCUUUCUGGGGGGGCUUCUGGACACCAAAAUUUAUAUAGUCCACUUUUUAUUGAAAAACAGUGGAAUGAAAGAUCCAUGCUGCAGACACCACAGUCCAGGAGCGGGAUGUGUGGGAGUGAUAUUUUUCUUUAACACAAACUGCGCGCUUCUUCUUCCCCUUCUCUUGCUCUUAAAGCCAAUCUUAAAGGUGCAGAACUUAAUAUAUAACAUAAACCAGACGAUUGGGGAUACCAGUAUCAUAAAGUCACCCCAGGACAUCCAUUUAAAACAAACUAACAAGCAAACAAACAAAACCGUAACAGACACUGUGCUAGGUGCACUCCUGUGAAAGAGCUAGCAAUGGCAGUCAGUGGUGCCUUUGCUAAGUCACACCACACCAAAGUCUAUGGGCCCAGGAAAAAUUAUGUCCACCUGCAGCGCUCUAUAGGUGCUGAUAUAUCUUAACAUGGGAUUUUCUGGAGGGAACAGCCUGAAGACUUAAAGAUAAUGUCCAUGGGUAAAAUUUUUGCCUGUGUGCUUCAAGUAACGUCAGUUAUUUGUCAGCAUGGAAAAAAAACCCCACAUCUGAUUUAUUGGUAUAUAGAUAUUGAUGUUUGUAUCUAGAAAGCUGCAUGCACAGAGACAUAAGUAAGGUCUCCUGUCUGCAUGUUUUGUAUUGUGUAUGCAAAACAGUUUAGCCUUUGGUGCUUAUAUACAAUUGCUUUCUAUGACCAUUUAUUACUAUUUAUUUUUGAGGUGUUGGCUACUGUGACACUGAGCAGACAGCUAUAUGACUACUGUUCUAGACACUUACAUCUCAUAGAUGUUAUACAAUUCUCUUACCACUCCUCAUCUGGACUGUAACUUGACUUUAGAGAAACUUAACUCAGACUACUCAGGAUCUGAUGAAAGACCACAUGUGACUCUUCAAGUGCCUCUGUGAAGAUACCUUUCUGUGCACAUGCAGACACAUGGCCCCCGUGGCCCCCAUGCUUACGUGUUGCAGGCUGAAUAAAAAGCCUUUAAUACUACUGGCAAGACUAGGCCUGCAUGAUGCAUCAUUUGUGGGCCAAACAAAAGGAUUUGCAGUCACUCACUUUCUUUUGUUAAGUGAGGGAACUUCAAGCACUAUCUUGAUUGUUUGUUUUUUCAU